AUGUCAGACUUUGGAAACUACGGAAAUUUUGGUGGUGAUUACGGUGGAGGUGGAUUCUCCAAUAGCGGACUCUCUCAAGGCGGGUUCAGCGGAGACGCAAACUCGCAACAAAAUAAAGUACAAACACGUAAUAGUAUCGCUCCGGUAACUAUUAAGCAGAUUCUCGAAGCAGAACAGCCCGUACCUGAUGGAGAAUUCAAGGUUCACAAUGUGAGCAUUAGUUUGGUUGGCUUUAUUGGCGUUGUCCGAAAAGUACACGCCACUGGAAUGACUUUGUUCGUCACUGUGGAGGAUGGUACAGGAUCAAUCGAUGUUCGUAAAUGGAUUGAUGAGAAUAACAGUUCUCUUGAACAAGAGAAAGAGAAGUACAUGGAAUACUUGAAUAAGUACGUAUUUGUUGGUGGUGCAUUGAAAGUUUACAACAACAAUAAAAACAUACAGAACGCGUCCAUUAGUGUUAUAGAAGACAGCAACCAGAUUAUAUACCAUCAUUUGAAUGCUAUCUAUAAUCAUUUGAAAAGUCAGGGUAUUACCAAGAGCGACGGUUCAGCUGCCAAUGGUGCCAAUGAUAACAAGUUGUUUGUCGAUAACGAAGGUUCAGCUACUGAUAGAGUGUUGAAUUUCAUUAGGCAAGAAAGUAAGACAAUGCCAGAAGGUGUACCAAUUACAUACAUCACACAAAAAUUAUCCAUAUCGGAAAAAGAGGGAGAGAAGCAUUGUAAUGACUUGGUAGAAAGCGGGAAGAUUUAUGUUGGAUUUAAUGAUGGUGGAUAUAUAGCUGUCUAG